GCUUCAGCCGGCCCGCCCCGCUGCGUGUGAGCGCCGGAGCAGAGCGGGGUGCGGGACCCCCGACGGCUCCGGCCUCUCUGCCGCUGCCCCUCUUCGGAGAGAUCUCCCCGGAGGGCAGAGCGGGUGCCCGACUUGGAGGGAGAGCGCUCGGGGUCUGGUCCCCCGGUGCUUUUAUUUGGGGGGCUCGAGUAGCGCUCGGUUCGCGUUACCUGUCCCUGGCCGUGCCGGUGGGGCAGAGCGGGAUCUCCGUCACACCGCCUCCCUUUAACCCUCUCCCGCUCUCUCGGUUUGUUUCCGCUGCCACUUUUCCCUCUCCCGCCUCUCCGCGCAGAUCCAGGGGAACAUCUUUGCGGGCUUUGACGAGACGCUGCUGCGGGGCGCCGAGGCCCUGGCCGCCGUGGAUAUCGUGUCGCAGAAAACCCACCCCUUCAAGCCGGAUGCCACCUACCACACCAUGAGCAGCGUGUCCUGCACUCCUACCUCGUCCUCCGUGCACCUGCACCACCCGUCCGUGCUGACCACGCACCACCCCCACCACCACCACCACCAGCCCUCGCAGGGCCUGGACGGGGAGCUGCUGGACCACCUCAACUCGGCGCUCCCACUCGGAGGGGUGCCGGGCCCCGACGUGGGCUCCACGCCUUCGCACCCGCACUCGCACAUGUCGGCCAUCAACCACAUGGCCCACCACUCCCAGCCCAUGAACAUGUCCCACCCCCACGGCCUGGCUUCCCACGCCAUCAUCUCCGGCCCCGAGACGGAGACGGACCCGCGGGAGCUCGAGUCCUUCGCCGAGCGCUUCAAGCAGCGGAGGAUCAAGCUGGGGGUCACCCAGGCGGACGUGGGCUCCGCGCUGGCCAACCUGAAGAUCCCGGGGGUGGGCUGCCUUAGCCAAAGCACCAUCUGCAGGUUCGAGUCGCUCACCUUGUCCCACAACAACAUGGUGGCCCUCAAGCCCAUCCUGGAAGCGUGGCUGGAGGAGGCGGAGAGGGCGCAGAGGGAGAAAAUGACCAAACCCGAGAUCUACACGGGGGGGGACAAGAAGCGCAAGCGUACGUCCAUCGCCGCCCCCGAGAAGCGCUCGCUCGAGGCCUAUUUCGCCGUGCAGCCCCGGCCCUCCUCCGAGAAAAUCGCCGCCAUCGCCGAGAAGUUAGACUUGAAGAAGAACGUGGUGCGGGUCUGGUUUUGCAAUCAGAGACAGAAGCAGAAAAGGAUGAAAUUUUCUGCCACCUACUGAGGAAGGGGCUGGGGAGGCAGCGGUGCGGGGGGGGGGUGCUGCCCUCCCGACCCCCCUUCCAC